UCGGCUGCUGCGCGCACGCUGCCUCAUUCGGUGUCCCGCGACUGCCACGAUCACACGCGUCCACAGCUCCGUGCCGACGCCGCCCGAUAAUCAUCACGCAGAGCAAACAAUCAUCACAAUGAGAAGCGCACUGUUCAUACUAGGCCUGGUGGCGCUGGCAGCGGCGGCGCCCGCGCCCGAGGCGAAGCCCGAACCGGCCGCGCAGCCCGACCCCGCACCGCAGCCCGACCCCGCGCUCGACUCGCAGCCUGAAAUCAUCGAAAUCAUCGCUCCCGCUAACAGCGCACAAGAAACCCUUGCUACUCUGAACCUGGGUGCCCCGGGCUCCGAGCUGAGCGAGCGCAACAAGCGCACCAUCGGCAUCCUGCGCCAGCUGUUCCCGCAGCUCACACAGAUUAUCGAACAGAAGGUACAGCAGAUAACGAGCAUGGUGCUCAAAAUAUUCGGGCCCAUCUUCCUGCGCGCCUUCCUAGGAAACCGUAACGGCGGCGGCAACACUAACGGCGGCGGCGGCACCGUCGAGAUAGAGGACGACGACGAGGACGAGGACGAGGACGAGGACUCCCCCUCCACCACCACCACGUCCGCACCCAACAGACGCAAGCGUGCGCUAUUCUUCCUGCCGAACGCGCUCGCCGAAGACAACCAGCUGCUGUCCGGAGCGGAGUCGCAGCAGGCGGAGGUGCGCGUGGCCUUCGGCGACAACCAGGCGGCCGCCAGCGAGGACCAGCAGACCGCCGCGCAGACCAACUCUGCUUCUAUCGAUGAAAUAACGCUCGACGACGCUGACGACAGCGAAGAAAAUAGAAACAAGAGGUUCUUAAGCUUCGGAGGCGGAAGCUCAUCCGGCGGAGGUUCAGGCAACUUCCUCUUUGACGUCGUCAGACUGGUAGCGGGCUCGUCGUCCGGCGCGUCGUCAGGCGGAGACGCGGCCGCCGAGGGCGAGGAGGGCAAGGGCGACAACCUCACAGAGGGCGUGCCCGGCCCCAUCACCAGACUGUUCAUUAUUGCCAACCGCGGCAUCGCAAACCUCAUCCAGGACCUCAUCCUCCGCAUCGCCCAGACCUCCGAGAGGAUAGUCAACUUCAAGGCGCGAUUGAUCACCUCCAUCAUUUAAAUUCGCUCGCCUUUAGAACAAAUUGGGCGGCAACAUGAUCAGAUCUCCACUCGAAUAGAUUGCCAACGGAUAGAUACUAUUUAAGAGAUAUUUCCCAUUCCUAGAUAAGUUAUCAGUGUGCUGUGAUACUACAACACUUGUAAAUUAUCAAUCGAACUUCUCUUCGAAGUGAACGUUUUUAUACUUUUAUAUUGCCUCUAUUCGGCUCGAUAUCUGAUCAACGUAAGGCCGGCUGAGAGCUGCCGCGACGCGUUCUCCAAAGCUUGACUGAACACGAGAAAUCAAAUCCAGCUUCUCGACUUUUCAUGUUUUUGUUAAAUAGGACUUCGUAGAACUUGUACUCCGGGUGUGCAUUUAUGCUUUUGUUUAUGUUAUUUAAGUUAUGUAUGUUUCGGUGGCGCGGUGUUAAGCUAGCUUGCAUUGCAUAACGGAAUACCAAGUUCUAUUUAGUUAAGCUCCGACACCGGUUUCCCAGUUGCUAUUUAUAUAAUUUUAUGUUAUUGAAAAGCGAGUUUAGCUGGAUAUUUAAAUAGUGAGGUUACAAAAGCACUGCAAAUUAUUUAGAUAUAAAUUUAUCAGUGAAAGUUGUUUAGGUUGUGACCUAUAUUUAUUGAGAGGCUAGGCUACUCGUAGCGCACUACAUGAUUGUAAAUAAUAAAUGGUGAUACCAACCCUGAACAUCUUCAAAUACGCAUCUAAAAUAAUGUGCCCAUAAAACAAAAUAAUUGUGAUAUGUAUUACAAAAGAAAAAUACAUAGAACAAACGCUGACGUUUUAGUGUUAAUACAAAAUGAGGUACGCUAAAAUUGAAAGCAGAAUUGGGGAUAGACAAUCGCAAAUGGUUUCCAGUGCUAUGUGACGUAGGGCGGACUGUGAUCGAGUUCCCGUGGGCACUUAGGCGGAGAGGCGGCGGGCGGCGGCGUCUCGUUAGCGUAAGGUUAGCGUAAGUAGGUCUGGGGACGGCGGCGCCGUCUUGCUCAAGCUUUUUAUAAUGUGACAUUCUCGAUUCGUUUUACGUUUGUAAAUAUGUAUUAUAGCGGAAAUUGUGUGUAAAAUAAAUGAAUAGUUACUAGUUA